AUGACUUCCAGCGGAAAAGGUAGAUGACCUAACUCUUAUUUCCUCGGUUAGUUUGCGAAUAUAGUAAAAAUGCAGAAACAGUAACUUUUUUACGCUCUCGUUUGGUUGUGGUUAAGCAGCACACAGGAGGAAAGACGAAUUAAAGAAACGCAGCUUUGUUGUUUUGUUCACAUUUAGAUAUAAGUUUUAUUUAACUUUCUUAAGAGACUGUACGAGAAACAAGGGGAACUAUGUUGCUAACUUUUAAUUUUGUUGACAGGACUUGGCGAUUCAUCUCAGCUUGUUGCCAGGUAAGGUGGUGUCUCACCUUAAACACUACUCUGCCCAGCUUUACUCUUUACUUGUCUUUACUCGACAGUCUUUAGUUUCUAGAAUAAAAAAGAACUUUAAAGUCGAUUUUCAGUCCUUUUAAAAAGAAGUGCUCUGAGACUCAAUGACUUAUUUAAUUUUUAAAUUGAUUAAAGCCCCACAACUGUAUUUUACUUUAAUCUGAUUUAUGAUAUGCUGAUUUCUAGUUUUUGUUUGUUCUUUGAUUUAGUUUUUCGAUCUUUAUAAUUCGUAAUAUGUUCAACAGCUUAAAAGCUUCUUUGUUCAUAAACAGUCUACCUAUCAGUCUAGUUUAUCAGUAGAUUUACUCUUUUGACUGUCAAGUAAAUUACUGUAGCGCCAAUGAAAUGCAUCUUCAUAUCUUAACUCAACUCAGCUUUAUUUGUAAAGCACUUUAAAACAACCACAGCUGAGCAAAGUGCUGUACAUAAGUAGACAAAACAACACAGACAUAAAAACAUUUAAAAAAACAAAGAAAACAAUGGAUAAAAUAAAAGCUGUUUAAUAUAGUUUCAAAUUUUUUUUAAACUGAUUUAAAAACAUAGAAACAAAUAACUAAAAACAAAGCAUAAAACACUAAAACAGGAGCCUCAUGCAGGAUGGAAAGCCAAUGAAUAAAAAUGGGUUUUAAGAUGAGUUUUAAAAAUGGACAGUGUGGGGGCUUGUCUGAUUUGGAGGGGUAGCUCAUUCCAUAAUUUUGGGGCCGCAGCAGAAAAAGGAUCUAUCCCCUCUGAGCUUCAGUUUGGACCUUGGUACCUCCAGGAGCAGCUGAUCAGCUGACCUGAGGCACCGAGCAGGGGUGUAGGGGUGGAGAAGCUCAGAGAGGUAAGAUGGAGCCACACCAUUUAAAGAUUUAAAAACAGGUAAAAGAAUCUUAAAAAGAACUCUAAAAUGCACAGGUAACCAGUGGAGGGACCAUAAAAUAAUUAUAAAAUAAAAUAAAUAAAAAUACAAAUACCAAACCCCACCCAGCAUUCAUCACAUACAGCACUCACACGCUCACACACAGACACACAAGACCAGGUGAGGGCUCGUUUUUAACUUUUUCUUUUUUGGUCCUACAGCGGUGACAGCGAUUCAAUCAAAGUUUUUGUCCGGGUAAGGCCUCUGACCCAGGGCACUGGACUCACCACAGAUGGAGAUCAGAAGCUGUGUCUCACUGUCACAUCACCCAGCACCAUCCGCCUGCUCUCAAAACCAGAACCACGAACCUUCACCUACGACCAUGUAGCUGAUAUGGACACAUCUCAGGUUUGAGACACAGUCUAAUUGUUGUAUUGUUCAGUGGGUCCUGAUGGGUAUUUGUCUGACUGUUUUCCAAUCUUUGUCCCCAGGACUCAGUGUUCUCCAGUGUGGCCAAAAAUAUUGUUGAGUCAUGCAUGAACGGGUAUAAUGGUACAAUAUUCGCCUAGUAAGUGAACUUUGAUGGAUGUAUUUUAGCGAUAUUAUUUGACACCUAUUGUAGUUGCUGAUCAGAUUCCUAAUUUCCUUUUUCAGUGGACAAACAGGCUCAGGAAAAACAUUCACCAUGCUGGGUGAGACUUCAUUGCAUGAACCCUUGACCCUAACUUAAUUUUAUGCAAGAAUAUCCCCUUUAGGUAAUUUUUAAAACUCUUUUUCUCUCUUUUGCUCCAGGGCCGUCAGAGUUGGAUAACUUCACAGAUGAACUAAGGGGUGUAAUUCCUCGAAGUUUUGAAUAUCUGUUUUUUCUCAUCAACAGAGAGGCGGAAAGGGUGAGUCGUGACAUUUCAUCUGUUUUAAGUGUUUGAAACAAAAAAUAUUGAAUGCAGUUUUCUUAUUAAACCAAUGCAUGUUUUUUUUUCCCUCCUAAAGUCUGCGAAGUCCAAGAGUUUCCUUUGCAAGUGUUCAUUUAUUGAGAUAUACAAUGAACAAAUCUACGACCUUCUAGACUCAGCAUCAGCCAGCCUUUUUCUUCGAGAGAACAUAAAGAAAGGGGUGUUUGUUGAAGGGGCUGUGGAGAAGUUUGUCAACUCAGCUGCUGAAGCAUACCAGGUAAGAACACCUUACUGUCAUGACUCAAGGACGCCGAGUACAACUUUGCUUUCUGUAACACAUUUUUGACCAGUCCUAGAGGCUUUUAUCUGUAAGUCUUGGAUCUAGUGUUAUCAAAACACAAAAAGAUAUUGUGCAAUAUAAAAGGAUAUCUUCAGAUACAUAUUGAUGGGACUGAACUGAAAGGAUGUUUAAAACCACAUAGGUGCUAUCAAUGGGCUGGCGUAACCGGCGAGUAGCUUCCACCUCCAUGAACCGUGAGUCUUCCAGAUCUCAUGCAGUGUUCACCAUGACCCUGGAAUCCAAGGAGUCCAUCAAUGAAGUUGUGAACAUCCGAAUGUCUCAGCUGAACCUUGUAGAUCUGGCAGGGUCUGAGAGGCAGAAGGACACUCACACAGAGGGUUCCAGACUCAAGGUGAAUCUUCACUCAUUAAUAAUCUGCUUCUUGAGGUUUAUUUAUGUUAUGUAAUGUUGCUAACAGCUUGUGUUUUCGAUUUGACUCAUUCAGGAGGCUAGCAGUAUCAACCGAUCCCUCAUGUGCCUGGGUCAGGUGAUCAUGGCAUUAGUUGAUGUGUCCAAUGGGAAGAACCGUCACAUCUGCUACAGGGAUUCAAAACUCACCUUCCUGCUUAAAGUGAGUGUACCCUCACAUGCAUAUGUAGACUAUGCUUUCGCAGAACGCAACCUGUUUAUCUUGAAAAAACGAGAUUACGCACUGUGCAAACUUCCUGUGUUACUGAUUCUUCCAUCAGGACUCUCUUGGUGGAAAUGCAAAGACUUGCAUCAUCGCCAACGUUCACCCUGGGUCAAAGUGUUUUGGAGAAACCCUGUCCACCUUACAGUUUGCCCAGAGAGCUAAACUGAUUAAGAACAAGGUACUUGUCAUUAACACUGCUCUGUUUUACAAGAAAAGUCAAAUGAUGGUGGUUUCAGAACUGGAGCAUUGCAUCUAAUUCCUGUGCAUUUCCUGUGUCUUGUCAGGCUAUUAUCAAUGAAGACACCCAGGGGAAUGUGAGGCAGCUGCAAGCCGAGGUGAAGAAGCUGAAGGAGCAGCUUGCACAGGCUCUGGCAUCUCAGGGAGCGGACUACGGGAGAGGUGUAGCACCUGGAGGGCCUGAACCCCCUAUGGGUAAUAUUUGCACAUGAGAAAAUGAACAAUCGGAUAAAACUGUAUUUUAGCACUUUAAUGCCUGAAACCACAAAUUAUGGCCAGAAAAUUAAAAAUUUUUUUUGAGCUGAAAUGUUUAUUUCACUGACUACUGAAAACCAAAAAAAUCAAAAUGUCCUUAAAAUUCAACAAAUGUAUUUAUUUUUCUCAUUUGAUACAUGAGAUAUUUUUUAAAUGAUAAACCACAAGAGGACAUUUUUAUCAUUUAUCAGACUGUAUUCAGGUGUUUUUUAGGUAAUUUGUUGAUUGUAUUGAUUUGAUAGAAAUACCAUAAAAGUAUGUAUUGAAUAUGAUACACAAGGCAUUAAAUUGUUUGGAUCAUUUAUUACUUUUGAAGUUGUGUUGAAAAAGUUUUCAGACGUUUUACAAAAGCGUUAUUUUUCUCCAUCUGAAGGACAUCAGAAUGGCUCAUACAAAGCAAAGUUUAUGGCAGCUGUUCGCCUGUGGAAGAAACGAGAAGAGGAAAAAAGGGUACGCACCUCUCUGAUUCUUAAGUUCUUGUAAUUUAUGAUGCUGUGAAGACAUCAUCUUGGUGUGAGGGGAGCUGACCGUGUUCUUUAACCACCACACUCAGAUGCUAACAGUGAAGGUAGCUCGGCUUGAGGAGGCCUUGACACAGAAAGACAAGUUCAUCCAUUCCGGCCGGAUGAUAGUCAAGUUUCGAGAGGACCGCAUCUCUCGUCUUGAGAAACAGUUGAAGGCAGAACACGGUUCACUGACAGACGAGGAGUCUCAGGCCGAGAUCGAUCGGAUGAAAGAAGAAAUCAAAAUCUUGAGGGAUCAGGUACAAAAACAUGAUCAUUUGAACAUAGACUAGAUCCUAAAUUACCAUAUAGUUACAUAUAAAGUGUGGAUUUUGGAGUUAUUUAAAAGAAAGUCCCGCAUUUUUAGGUUGAGCAUCACCCCAGCAUGACCCGAUACAUCGCAGAGAACUUCAGUCUCAGAGAGGAAAACCGUCAGCUCCGUUCUCUUGGAUCGGUGGCGAAAGCUGAAGAGGCUGUAGGUCAGGUGGCAGCUGAAAUGGAGGAAGCCUUCCAAAAAGCUAUGGAGUCAGAGAGCCACACAGAGAGUAAGAUAAGAAACAGCAUCACUCAAGAAAAUAUGAAGCAAAUGCACCGCGUCAUGUAUCCUUUUUUUUUUUACGUUUCUCCACACAGAGUCAGCAGCCUCUGCGACUGUUUUAGCUGCUGCAAAUGAGAAGCUGACGGCUGAUCUGCUCCAGAAACGGUCCGAUCUCAAUGCUGCUCUUCAUGCCUUUGAGGAGUACAGAGAAGUCACCAAGUAAGCAAAAUAAAAAAAAAAAAACAACAAAACCUUUUUUAGCAGCCCUCCAAUUCUAUAAAAACAACAAGUAACCGUUGCUUCAGGUGGUGAAUAUAGUCAAAAGGGUGGCAGGAUUAUAGAUUAUUACGCCACUAUUCCGCUAUUUCAAUUUACGUAGCAUAUUCAUACUAUUCAUCCGUUAAUAAUUUUCACAUUCAACUUCUGCUUCAUCUUCUUUACCCCUUUAACAGCUCUAACAGUUUUUACAUAAAUACCUUCCUCCAUUUUUUUUUUUUUUGCAGUUUUGCUUUUUCAGCUUUUAGCAUUUCCACGCAUUUUCUGCGAGGAAAUGCAAUUUUCUAGUUUACUGUUGUAAUCUUUUUUCAGAGCUCAAUGUCAUUCGUUCUUUUGAUGCUCUGUGUUUUAGGAAACAGUUGUCUCAGCUGGACGCUGAGAAAAGAUACCUGGAGAAGUCAAUCAGGCAUUUGGAAAACAUUUUGGAAGCCACAAAUUCUUACAAAAAGCAGGAGGUCUCUGAGCUGAACAGGAUUCAUGUUGAAACUAUAAAGGUCAGUACUGGUACAAAUAAGGAUUUUGAGUACUGAGAGGCCAAUCGAAGAACUUCACUUCAAUUUAAAUGCAGUUGUUGCCUUGCAGAUUCUCUUAAUGUUUUCUUGUCUCAUUCAAAUAUCUAAACCAGAUCCUCACCACGCCCAGCAAAUCAUACAACUUGCGAUCUCGCCUCGUGACUCUUUCGACACCAGAACACCUGAGCGGGACAGAUGACGGUGGCGAUGACAUUUUUUCCGAGCCGCCUCCUUCAGACAUGGCAGCGAUGGCCUUGACGGAGGAACUGCGGCAAGUGCAGGUAACAGCGAGGGGACCGUCAAAAUAUCACAAAAGAAAAACAACAAAUCCUACCUUUGUGUCUCACUCUUUGUUUCAUCAGGAGCAAACGAGCCGUGUGCAGUCGCAGCUGGAUGAGGAGGAGCUGAAGAGCAGCAAGUUCCUGCAGCAGAUCGCCAAACUUGAGGAACAGAUCGCUGUGAUGUCACAGGAGUCUGAACGCAAAGAGGAGGUACACUGUCCCAACAUUUCUCACGUUCAGCUGCGUAUUUUGAAAAGUUCUGUUUAACCUCACGCUCUUGUGACGCUUUCCUAAUUGUCCUUUAAACGAAUUAAGCUACUUGCUGCUGAGCGAGUGAACAAGACCAGAGAUCAGCUCAACCUACAAGAAACUGUCAAGGAGCUGCAGCAGAGCCUUCAGUCUGAGCAGCAGGCUGCAGAGGGUAGGCUUCUCAUGUUUCUCCUGAUGUGUCAUUAUCGCCUUAUUUCUCCCUGGACUUAAACAUGUUUUUAUCAAUUAUAGGGAUAUUCCGGCGUCAAAUUAACUUAGGCUCAAACACACCGUAACACUGAGUUAGACACCCCCUUCAGAGAUGAAUGUUGAUGACCGCUUGCUUCUCUAGUUCUACCAACUUUAGUAAUGACCGCACGCUAGCAAUACACAGUGGUCAGAGUAGCCGUAAACAAACCUCAACCAAAACGCCACUCUAUAGUGACAAAUAAUGCUCAGAACAGCACCUAACUUCAUCAACAGUACAUAAAGGGUCCUAGCUACAGCUCUAGUCACCAAACAUCUUUUUAACUUUGCCUAAUUUCUUUAGAAAAGAGACUAAACACAACUCACCUACUCUCUUCCAGCAGUCGCUUGUUUGUAGCAAGACCUUAGGCUAGUACAUUACGGACUACAGCGGGGUGACGCAGCUCAAGGAAGAACAUUUAUGAUCAUUUCUUCAUGGAAAUGCAAUCAGACUGAGACGCUAAGGCAGAAGAACUACCACGUCUGCAGUGCAAAAUUAUUAAUAUGAUGAUUAUUACUUCAAAGAAAUGAUAAAGUAAUGAUCAUAAAUGUUCUUCCUUGAGCUGCGUCACCCCGCCCGGAGGUCUCGCUACAAACAAGCGGCUGCUGGAGGAGAGUCGGUGAGUUGUGUUUAGUCUCUUUGCCAAACAAAUCAGGCAAAGCUAAAAAGAUGUUUGGUGUCUAGUGCUGUGGCUGGGACCCUACAUGUACUGUUGAUGAAGUUAGGUGCUGUUCUGAGCAUCAUUUGUGGCUAUACAGUGGCGUUUUGGUUGAGGUUUGUUUACGGUUACUCUGACCGCUGUGUAUUGCUAUCGUGCGGUCGUUACUAAAGUUGGUAGAACUAGAGAAGCAAGCGGUCGGCAACAUUUAUCUCUCGAGGGGGUGUUUAACUCAGUGUUAUGGUAUGUUUGACCAUAAAUUAGUUUUACGCCGGAUUAUCCCUUUAAACAGUUUUUAUCAAUUAAGCUCAGUGCAGUUCCCUAAAAGGCGGGCAGGAAAAAGAAAAUCUGUUGAUUUCUCCCUGAUGUUUUCAGCCUAAGAAAGGUUAAAUACAAAGUUUUCUUACCAGCAUUUUUCUAAUAUGUUGAUCUUUGAUGAGUUCAUGACAAUAGUUAUUCCCUCCACGAGAGAAAAUAAUUGGUGUUGAGUUGAAAGAAAAAUAAAUCUUCUCUUCCCCUCGCCUUCCUCUCAGGAAAAAAAAAAAAUGCUUAGGUGACAAGUCUUUCCUUCUUCUCCCCUUCCCAGUGCUGAGAAGUGAAAUCUCUGAUCUGCGUGUGGUGCUGCAGUCGUCCGAUAAGGAGCUGGCGCACGUGAAGACUGAACUCAAAGACUGCCAGAGCGAACAGCAGAAAGAGAUGAGCCAGUUCUCCAACACUCUGAUCAGCUCACAGCUACAACUUGACAAAGUCCGGUAAGCAUGAGUUUUUUCAACAUCUGCAUCGUGACUCUUGCUUUGAUGAUUAUAUCCCCACAACUUUUAUUUUCCUGAUUCCAGGCUGGAGUGGGAGCAGCUUCUGGAGCAGCAUCGCGUUCUGCAGGAUUCAUUCGACCAGCUGCAGGCCGAAGCAAAGUUUGAGGCUGAUCAGUCGAGGCAGCAGCUGCAGGACAGGCAGCAAGAGAUCGACAAACUCAACAUACAGCUCACAGUGAGUGGAACUAUUAGCUUAGCUUGUGCUGUUUCCCUCCUGAGAUGUUUGAACACUUCAUAUUUUCUUCUCCUCUUCUUUAGGAAUCGAAUAACUCUCUGCAGAAUGAGCAAGAGCGUUCGGGCUCUCUGAUCUCCCAGUUAAGGGAAAACAAAGAAAAUACAUCGAAGUGAGUUUUUUCUUCUUCUUUGUUUGCUACUCUGAGAUCUCUUAAUGACCUCAUUGAACCCUCUUAUGAACGAUAUUGCCUUUGCACGUUCCCUCAGAGAACUUAUUGAAUCUAUGGAGCAGAAUAUACAACUGAAAAAACAAGUCUCAGACCUGACCGCACAAAAUCUACAACAGGUCAGUCCUCACAACAGAAUUCAUGUUUGCUAAUGUAAACUGCUUGGAUUGACAGUAAUCGCACCUCAGUUGGGUAAAUGUUCUUGUUGUGAUCUUUUUUAAAAAUUUGUUUUGAAGUCCUCCAAAGUCGUCGAGUUCGAGCAAAAUCUGAACUCCGCCGGCGAAACGAUAAAAAGCCUGGAGCAGGAGAUCAGACAGAGCAAAGUAAGCUGGAGCAAAUGAUAUUUUUGUAAUUUUUACUCGUGGUUGAAGCGAGUCUGCUACCCUGUUUUAAUCCAACCUGUGCGCCUUUGACAGGAUAUGGUUUUAGAUCUGAUGAAUCAAACGAGAGACCUUCGCUGUGAGCAGAACCAGAAAGACCAGUCCAUCACACAGCUGUCUGAAGACAUCAGAGAAAUCACGGUACUUCACUCUUUCAGCUUGUACAUCUUUAUUCACUGCAGUUGUCUCAGUGGUCACAUCAUUGAUCUUGCAGGCCAAGUAUGACGCCGCCUGCCUUGAAAUAGACGAAACGAGGGACCAGCACUCAAAUAUGCAAACAGAAAUAAACGACCUCAAAGAAAUGUUGGACAGGAGUGACGCGUCAAACAGAAUAGAGGUAGGUUUUAACAUUCAACGCUGUUGGAGGUUCAUUUUUGUCUUGUUGCUUCAAGUAACGUGUGUGCGUGUCUGUCCUCAGGUGGAGGUGCUGCAGGAGGAGGUUGUUUACGCCACUGAGGAGGUUGAGCGACUCACUAAAGUCUUAGACGAGCAGAACCUUCUGCUUCAAGCAUCUCAAGAGCAAACAGCCCAGAAAGACAUCCUGAUACAGAAUUUACAGCAGAAGGUGACGUUUUCUAGAGUAUCUCAAUAUGACUUAUAAUAGAACUUUUAACAAAUUUCUUCUUUUUUUUUUUUUUGGAUCAGGUGCAAGAACAACAAGAGGCAGUGGAAAGAACUCUCAGAAAUGGGAGUUUCAAAUCUCCCAUUGAGCGGUCGGUCACGGCAAAAUCUCUGCCUCGGGUAAGACGCGUCUGUGCUGUAUGUCUCGCCUUCUGGUGUUUUUGUUUUUUAAUACACGCAGUUAAAAUACACUUUUCUUCUUUUCAAGACCCCCUGCACUCCAAUGAGCUUCAACAGAGACCUGACAGAAGUGCUGGAGAGCCAAGAGAGGGAGCUGGAGAACCAGCGCUCCUCCAUGAUGACCAUGGAGGUUCUUUUAAACGAGCUGAACGCAGAGAGGACCGCCAAGAAUGAAGAGAUCCAAAGACUGAAAGUAAACACUGUUAUCUUACCCUCACUAUGAAAUUCUCAGCAUUUCUUAUAAAUGCAAAUGCAUGAAUUAGGAUAUUCAAUAUUGAGAGUGUGUUUUCACCGUCCUCAGACUCAGCUGACUGAAAAAGAGAUGACACAAAUGGAGAUCCAAGCUUUAAUCGACCAGCUUUACACCCAGCAGAGCCAGGAUGGAAAAAAUAACAGGUCAAGUUUAUCGAUUUAAUGCAUCAAGUCCUCCAUGUCGAUGUGAUACAAAGACUGAUAAUGCCGUCUGUGUUUUGCAGUGAUGAGUUACAUGAGGCCAUCAAGCAGUCCAUGCGUAAAGAGCUGCAGAUUCUGGUGGAAGAGAAGGUCAGUAGCUGCUGGUCUUUAGAUUUUUUCCCUUUUAUUUAACAGUCAAUCAAUCGUGUUCCUCUGAUUUUAUCUACAGAGCAAACUGGAGCAGAAGCUGGCUGAUACUCUGAAGAAGUAAGUCCCGGUUUUCUGCAGUUUUUUUAUUCUGAAUCUCCUUCAGAGUUUCGACAUUUAACGGGCACUGUCUGUUUGACAAGGAUGCAGGCACAGGAGUCCUUGUUGGCCCAGUCUCAAUCCUGCAUCCAGGAACUGACCUCAGAGCUGAGGAACCGCUGUUUCGAGCUGAGAGAGCUGAACCAGAGGGUACUUGAUGAGGAGAAGCUGCUUCAGGUCAGAGCCAGAGUAGAGGCUCAAUUAAAGGAAUAUAUCGAUUGUUAAAUUUGAACAAUUAACCCAAGAACUAAGUCUGUGCCUCAUCAGUGAUAUACAUUUUCUGUUUAUUAGGAGAACGAGGUUCUCCGAAAGCAGAACGUUCAGUUGUCAGAAGAAAAUGGAAAACUUGUGGGCCAUAAGAACCACAAACAGAGGAUUGAAUAUCUGGUAAAGCUGAAAAAGGAAAACACCAAACUUCAAGAGGUAACUAAUGCUUCUACUGUCAUAUCCAGAUGUUUUCUGAUUUAUAUGUGAUGUCAAUAAACUCUGAUUUUUUUUUUUUUGUUUUAAAGGAAAAUGAAAAGCUCAGGACAGAGAUCGGUCUAAUCCGGGACAACAUGGGAUGUUUGGAGAUGACGUGAAUUCCUGAUUUUUUUUUUUUUUUUUUAAUAAUCAGAUUUUAUUCAAUUUUUAGAACAUAACAACAAUACAGCAUUGCAUACAUCAGUAAGGUCUGAGCAAGUGGAAACAGAUGAAUAAGCAGAACUCAGUAAAAAAAAAAAAAAAGAAAGAAAAGGGAAAAAUAAAUAAAUAAAUACAUAUAUACACAUACAUGUCCCUGCACCUGAUAUGAAAGAUUUCUUACCACCAUUCACCUCAUUCUGUAACCUUCUAGGCCAGUGUUUCCCCUCUCGAUAAUUUCACUUAGAUCCUUAGGCAGAUAAUCCAUUAGAGGCCGCCAUAUGUCCAUAAAAAUGUCAUUAUUUCCUUUCAAUUUGGCACUUAGUCUUUCCAUAGGAAGGACUCUGAAAAUUUCUUUGUACCACUGGGUUACAGUGGGGGGUUUCUCACUUAUCCAAUUAAAUAAUAUGCAUUUUCUGGCCAGAAGUAAAAGUUUAUUGAGUAAUUUCGAUCUUUUUGCAUCCAUAACUCUAUUCCCUGAAGGUAGACCUAAUAGAAACUGGCCUGGAUCUUUACAUAUCCUGUGUUUGAAUAUUGCUGACACUUCCUUAGAUACACAAGACCAGAAAAUCGAGAUUUUCGAACAGUUCCAAAAGCAGUGCAUAUAAGUCCCACUUGACGUUUUACAUUUCAGGCACAAUGGUGAUCUAUUGGGGUCAAUUUUGUUCAUAACAUGAGGUGUUCUGUGUUGUCUGUGGAGUAUCCUAUAUUGCAUUUCUUUAAAUUUACUGUUGAGGAACAGCGAAUGAGUGGUCCGAAUACAUCCCUCCCACGCAUCUUCAUCAUAUACCCUUUGAAGGUCCUCCUCCCAUCGCUUAACCAGCCCCUCAACACUAUGUUGGUUACAACUCUGAAGGCUAUUAUAAAAGUAUGUGAUAAGACCUUUCUUCACUGUAAAAUUAAUUAUGAACUUGUCAAUUGGUCCCUUCAGUGUUUCUGUUUGAGAUACUUUAAGAUUCGUAUUGAUGAAGUGACGGGCUUGAAGAUAUGCAAAAAAAUCUUUUGGUGGAAGACCAAAUCUAUUUUGUGCUUGUGAAAAGGACAUGAGGACAUUGUUAUCGAAUUCCUGAUUUUAAAUCAGAAACUCUCACAAAGUCUAUACUGGAGGGAAACUAUACUUUUUACAUUGAUCUGUAAUACCGACAGAACCGACAAGCCAGGUGUAAAAAAAUUUAAUUGAUCCAACUCUAUUCUGUGUUUUUUUAUGUUCUCAGAUGAUAGAAGGUUACAAACAUGCUGUAAAAACUUUAUUGUAUUUCUUUUUUUUUUCUUACCACUAGGGGGAAAAGUUGUUACUGGAAUCUGGAAAGUACAGUGACAGUCACGUGUGAAUAAAGCAUUUAAAAAAGGUUUUAUUCUUUUUUUACUGUGUGGAUACUUGAUCCAAAACCUCUGAUUUUGUAGCAACACUUGUGUUGAGUUAAACAAGGAUAAAUAACGAAAUUUUUAGGACUAAAAAUUAAAAAAAAAAAAAAAAAAAAAUUAUCUUUGUGCGUUGCUCUAAAGUUUUAUGGUCAUAAAAAAUGCUUGAAUUUUCCUCCAAAGGGUGCAUGUUUAAAUAAGAGAUAUAAAUCUUACGUUUUACUGUUCAAACCCUUUUUCUAAAUAGAUUUUUUCUUUUAAGUUAGUCUAAUGUUACAGUGGCCGAGAACCGCCACUGCUGCAAAUAAAAAAGAAUGGGGGGAAAAAAAAAAAAGCCACAACAGAAGUUACCGAUUAAAAAAAAAAAAAAAGAGACUGAAACCUGCUGCAAAUAAAAAAAGAAAUGGUGCAGAUUAAAAAAAAAAGCCACAACGGAAGUUAAUGACGCAAAAAAAAGUGGCUAUGUAAAAAAGAAAAAAAAUACUGCAAAAAUAAAAGGAUGCAAAUAAAAAAGCCACAAUAGAGGUGAUCUAGCCACAGAAGACGAGCAAAGAAGUUAGUGGCUUUGUGUGCUUUUCAAUGUGUCAUCUGGUUCGGCCAUGUUGCGCCAGAGUGGAUAUGAAGUUGAACUGGAAGAUGCUGGUGUAGUGUUAGCUUUGGGGAAUCGGGAAUCGAGUUCGGUAGCUUUGUGGUUCAGUUGCUUUACUCAUAGAAAUCAGUACACAGUACAGUAUGGUCGUGGAGGAGAUGGUCGUGGAGGACGGACUUCCUGUGUGUGACGCCGGUUGGUGAGCAGACGCCGGUUUUGACAGCUCUCGAAAACUUUGCCCAAAAUCUCACAAAAACUGUGCUACAAUCAUUGGAUUCAGUUGUUUUAUUUAUUUAUUUUUUACUCUAUCUUUUAACCGGCCAAGAAUUUUAAAUCGGAUUUUAAGCUGCUUUUAAAUGAACUGAUUCGCCGGUUUUUAUGUAGCCGGCGGUUAAAGCUGCUAACCUCUGCUCACUGAACCUUAAACCAUGGAAACACUCACCUCCUCACACGAGUGCAACAGCUGCCUCAAAAAAUCCAAAACUAUCGCUGAGCUGGAACGACGUAUUUCCAGCCUCCACUGGAUCCGCAACGAGGAGUCACUCCUGGACUCGAUGUUGACGCUGGGUGCGGGCCUCCCUGUGAACCCAGCCGAGCUGGACUCCACCAUCCCGGCAGCCGCUGCUCCGCAGGCUCCACCGGCCCCAGCGAGCGCUGCUGCUGCCUCUGGCUCCCCACCUUCCACCGCGGAGGCUCCUGCUGAGCCGGCUCAUCCUCAACCCGGGGAACCUUGGCUGACUCAGGGGGCAAGGCCAAAGCGAGUGCCGGCUCCCGCACUGGACUUCACUCCUCACCCGAGGUUCAACAUUCGGAGUUCCACCCCACGGUCAACAGCGGCUGCAAAGAGGAGGACCAGCCUGAAACCACUGAAAUCCCACUUCGAUCUCCAGCUGUCCUCGAGGUACGAUGUACUCAGUGUUGCGGAUUUUCCUCCGCUGCCAGGAAGGCCGGAUCCGGGCCCAGCUGAUGUCGGACGAAGCGCAGCCUCACCUCCGUCUUCUGCUGGGAACGAGGAGGUGAACGGAGGUAUGCACACGGGGCCUCGGCGCCCCCUCCUCCCCCCGUCAUGCAUACUCCCCGACCCGGUGCAAACCGUUCAGGGAACCUCUGCGAAGGCACUCCGCUGGGAACAGAGGUUCUCCGGCCCCAACUUGCGCACCACCGCCACCGCCGCGUCCUCGCCCACUGUUCCCGCCGACCACGGCAAUCAUCGGAGACUCCAUCGUGAGGCACGUCCGUUUUUUUAACGCAGUAACCCACUGCUUCCCAGGCGCCACUGUCCCAACUCUCCUCCAUAAACUCCCGGAGCUGCUGGGCUCACUCCCAUCCUCCAUCACGAGGCUGGUUUUACACCUGGGUUUUAACGACACUUCCUCCCGUCAGUCUGAAGUGACCAAGGACUAUUUUAAGAAACUUUUUAAGGUUCUCACCGACUGCGGUAAGUCUGUUUUUAUCUCGGGGCCCCUCCCCUCCUUCGACCGUGGCAUGGGGCGCUUCAGCAGACUCCUCAGCCUGAACACCUGGCUCCAUUCCGCCUGCCCUUGCGGGUUCCGUUUUAUCGACAAUUUUAACUUGUUUUGGAACCGAUCCCCGUUCUAUAGGGCUGACGGAGUCCACCCCUCUCGCCUGGGCAGCAGGGUGCUCGGCGACAACAUUCGACAUGCUGUCCAGUCCACAUACACACCUACACACACACCCCCACACACACCUGACACACACACGUGACUGAUUUCCCCCUCUUCCUCUGUGUCACUGUCCCAAGCCACUACCGCCGCCACCAGCCCCCCCUACCGCCCACCCCCAGUACUACACCAUACCACUGCCACUUCUCCUCCAAUCUCAUCCUCUGCCUGCAUACAGUCAGUUUCACCAACACCUCACUUACAGUUCACCCCCAUAUCCUGCAUCCCAGUCAGAAUCUCACACCGAGCUCACAGAACAUUCCCUUCACGGACCAUCAACUUAACUCCAGUCACAUUGGCUCCCAUUUCACCACUGCCUGAGGAUGAGCGCACGCUCGGCACAAACACUAAUAUGGCCGUGCUGAACGUGCGCUCGCUUUUAAAUAAGUCAUUUAUCAUCCAUGAUCUGAUUUUAGACAAUAAUUUAGACAUUCUCCUUUUAACAGAGACAUGGCUUGGCACUGAUGCUUCAAUUGUUCUCACCGAGGCUUGCCCCCUAAUUUUAUUUUUUUAUUUUCAACAAGGGGGGUAGAAAGGGAGGAGGCACUGCCUCAAUAUUUAAAAACAAAUUGUGCCCAAAUGAAGUUUCUUUUAACAGUUUUACAUCAUUCGAAUACCACGCAUUUGUUUUUAGCAGUCCUCCUACUCUCUGUAUUACAAUUUACAGACCACCCCACUACUCCAACUCUUUUAUCAGCGAAUUUUCUGAUCUAUUAUCCAUUUUACAUACUACCCAUAACAGGAUUUUAAUAACUGGUGAUUUUAACUUGCACAUUGAUACAGCGUCUGAUCCAAUGUCUAAGGAGUUUUUAAACCUUUUAAAUUGCAUGGGUUUUAAACAGCAUGUGGCACAGCCGACUCACAACAGAGGGCACACCCUGGAUUUGGUCAUAACUUCCGGCCUAUCCACUGGUGUGUCCUCUGUUGUCGACCUGGCUGUGUCGGAUCACUACUGUGUGUAUUUUAAUAUCACCAGUUUUAACCAUCAGGAGGCCCCGGUGAGAACGGUGAGGAAACGCUACCUAACCCCCGAAGUGGCUGCAAAUUUUAUUGGGAUUUUACAGAGCACUCCUGCCGCAAUUUUACCUGCACCAUGCGAUUUUAUUGUGGACCAUUUUAACAGAACAUUAAAAACCACAUUGGACACAGUGGCUCCACCCGUAAUUAAAACGAUAUUGCCUUUGCACGUUCCCUCAGAGAACUUAUUGAAUCUAUGGAGCAGAAUAUACAACUGAAAAAACAAGUCUCAGACCUGACCGCACAAGAUCUACAACAGGUCAGUCCUGAUAACAGAAUUCAUGUUUGCUAAUGUAAACUGCUUGGAUUGACAGUAAUCGCACCUCAGUUGGGUAAAUGUUCUUGUUGUGAUCUUUUUAAAAAAUUGUUUUUAAGUCCUCCAAAGUCGUCGAGUUCGAGCAAAAUCUGAACUCCGCCGGCAAAACGAUAAAAAGCCUGGAGCAGGAGAUCAGACAGAGCAAAGUAAGCUGGAGCAAAUGAUAUUUUUGUAAUUUUUACUCGUGGUUGAAGCGAGUCUGCUACCCUGUUUUAAUCCAACCUGUGCGCCUUUGACAGGAUAUGGUUUUAGAUCUGAUGAAUCAAACGAGAGACCUUCGCUGUGAGCAGAACCAGAAAGACCAGUCCAUCACACAGCUGUCUGAAGACAUCAGAGAAAUCACGGUACUUCACUCUUUCAGCUUGUACAUCUUUAUUCACUGCAGUUGUCUCAGUGGUCACAUCAUUGAUCUUGCAGGCCAAGUAUGACGCCGCCUGCCUUGAAAUAGACGAAACGAGGGACCAGCACUCAAAUAUGCAAACAGAAAUAAACGACCUCAAAGAAAUGUUGGACAGGAGUGACGCGUCAAACAGAAUAGAGGUAGGUUUUAACAUUCAACGCUGUUGGAGGUUCAUUUUUGUCUUGUUGCUUCAAGUAACGUGUGUGCGUGUCUGUCCUCAGGUGGAGGUGCUGCAGGAGGAGGUUGUUUACGCCACUGAGGAGGUUGAGCGACUCACUAAAGUCUUAGACGAGCAGAACCUUCUGCUUCAAGCAUCUCAAGAGCAAACAGCCCAGAAAGACAUCCUGAUACAGAAUUUACAGCAGAAGGUGACGUUUUCUAGAGUAUCUCAAUAUGACUUAUAAUAGAACUUUUAACAAAUUUCUUCUUUUUUUUUUUUUGGAUCAGGUGCAAGAACAACAAGAGGCAGUGGAAAGAACUCUCAGAAAUGGGAGUUUCAAAUCUCCCAUUGAGCGGUCGGUCACGGCAAAAUCUCUGCCUCGGGUAAGACGCGUCUGUGCUGUAUGUCUCGCCUUCUGGUGUUUUUGUUUUUUAAUACACGCAGUUAAAAUACACUUUUCUUCUUUUCAAGACCCCCUGCACUCCAAUGAGCUUCAACAGAGACCUGACAGAAGUGCUGGAGAGCCAAGAGAGGGAGCUGGAGAACCAGCGCUCCUCCAUGAUGACCAUGGAGGUUCUUUUAAACGAGCUGAACGCAGAGAGGACCGCCAAGAAUGAAGAGAUCCAAAGACUGAAAGUAAACACUGUUAUCUUACCCUCACUAUGAAAUUCUCAGCAUUUCUUAUAAAUGCAAAUGCAUGAAUUAGGAUAUUCAAUAUUGAGAGUGUGUUUUCACCGUCCUCAGACUCAGCUGACUGAAAAAGAGAUGACACAAAUGGAGAUCCAAGCUUUAAUCGACCAGCUUUACACCCAGCAGAGCCAGGAUGGAAAAAAUAACAGGUCAAGUUUAUCGAUUUAAUGCAUCAAGUCCUCCAUGUCGAUGUGAUACAAAGACUGAUAAUGCCGUCUGUGUUUUGCAGUGAUGAGUUACAUGAGGCCAUCAAGCAGUCCAUGCGUAAAGAGCUGCAGAUUCUGGUGGAAGAGAAGGUCAGUAGCUGCUGGUCUUUAGAUUUUUUCCCUUUUAUUUAACAGUCAAUCAAUCGUGUUCCUCUGAUCUUAUCUACAGAGCAACCUGGAGCAGAAGCUGGCUGAUACUCUGAAGAAGUAAGUCCCGGUUUUCUGCAGUUUUUUUAUUCUGAAUCUCCUUCAGAGUUUCGACAUUUAACGGGCACUGUCUGUUUGACAAGGAUGCAGGCACAGGAGUCCUUGUUGGCCCAGUCUCAAUCCUGCGUCCAGGAACUGACCUCAGAGCUGAGGAACCGCUGUUUCGAGCUGAGAGAGCUGAACCAGAGGGUACUUGAUGAGGAGAAGCUGCUUCAGGUCAGAGCCAGAGUAGAGGCUCAAUUAAAGGAAUAUAUCGAUUGUUAAAUUUGAACAAUUAACCCAAGAACUAAGUCUGUGCCUCAUCAGUGAUAUACAUUUUCUGUUUAUUAGGAGAACGAGGUUCUCCGAAAGCAGAACGUUCAGUUGUCAGAAGAAAAUGGAAAACUUGUGGGCCAUAAGAACCACAAACAGAGGAUUGAAUAUCUGGUAAAGCUGAAAAAGGAAAACACCAAACUUCAAGAGGUAACUAAUGCUUCUACUGUCAUAUCCAGAUGUUUUCUGAUUUAUAUGUGAUGUCAAUAAACUCUGAUUUUUUUUUUUUUGUUUUAAAGGAAAAUGAAAAGCUCAGGACAGAGAUCGGUCUAAUCCGGGACAACAUGGGAUGUUUGGAGAUGACGUGA